AUCUCACAGAAUUUGAUUUUAAGUUGCAUUAUGAUAUUUAUGCUCUAGAUCUGCGGUAUCCAAUAUUUUAUGCUUCGUGUAUGAUGAAUUCUUAUGGAUGAUGUCUAAGUUGCAGCUCUCUCUGCCACUUUAUUGAAGCUUAUAGCUUUAGUCAUUUUCUUUUUAAUUGAAGAAGUUUACCUGUGGCUGCCUCUCUGGAUGCUCCUGAUCCAGUUUUGGAAAGGGUUCUUAUAGAGGACACUAAAAAUAGUAGCCACGGCGGGGAGAGGAACUUCUUAGCUCAUCAACCAAUUUUGCUGGAUCAGGUCUCCAAAUCUUUCAGAGGAGAAGUAGUGAGCAGGCUGCAAAUAGAAACGAUGAAAAUUUGGAAAAUGGGAUGUUGGAGAGAGACAUAGAGAAGUCAGUACGCAGCAAUAAAGUUGUUACAGUACACAACAAGGCCUUGCUAUCUGGAGUUGCUUAUUGUAUUUCUUCCUGUAGCAUGAUAUUAGUGAACAAGUAUGUACUUUCCAGCUAUGGCUUUAAUGCGGGGAUAUCAUUGAUGGUCUAUCAGAAUUUUGUCUCAGUGGUGGUGGUUUCUUCCUUGAGAGUUUUUGGGAUAAUUACUACGGAACCACUCACUUGGAGGCUAGUCAGAGUUUGGUUGCCUGUUAAUGUUAUAUUUGUUGGGAUGCUUAUAACAAGUAUGUUCAGUCUUAAGUACAUCAACGUUGCUAUGGUCACUGUCCUAAAGAAUGUCACUAAUGUGAUAACUGCUGUUGGUGAGAUGUAUUUAUUCGACAAAACGCACGAUAACAAAGUUUGGACUGCACUUUUUCUGAUGAUUAUUUCAGCAGUUACCGGAGGAAUUACUGAUCUUUCUUUUCAUGCCAUUGGUUAUACAUGGCAGAUCAUUAAUUGUUUCUUGACAGCAUCAUAUUCUUUGACUCUUCGCAGGGUCAUGGACACUGCCAAACAAGUGACUAAAUCUGGGAACCUUGAUGAAUUCUCCAUGGUCCUGUUAAAUAACACGCUUUCACUGCCUUUGGGCAUUUUGCUUAUAUUAUUAUUCAACGAGGUGGACUACCUUUCUAGAACACCACUGUUACAAUUGCCAACAUUCUGGUUGGUGACAACCUUUAGUGGGUUAUUGGGCUUAGCAAUUAGCUUCACAUCCAUGUGGUUUCUUCAUCAAACAAGUGCAACUACUUAUAGUCUUGUUGGAUCACUAAAUAAGAUACCUCUCUCUGUUGCUGGUAUUUUCCUUUUCCAUGUUUCAACAAGUCUGGAGAACUCUGCCAGUAUAUUAUUUGGGCUGUUGGCUGGAGUAUUUUUCGCCCGAGCAAAGAUGCAGGAUAAAUCUCAAACUAGAUCCUGAAUGUCAAAACUAACACCCUUUCUUUUGUAAAUUAUGUCUGGUCUUGAAUUGUAGAGCUUGUUGUAUACUAUAAACUAUGACAUGAUCAAUCAAUUCAAGAGAUAGAUCAAGAUUUU